AUGACGUUUCUUAAAUCUAUUUUGUUCUAUUUCUUAGUAGUUGUAUUAUUUUUAUUUUUAUUAUUAUUAUAUAUCCUUGGUGGUGUACGGUACAUCACAGAUUUUGAGAAUAAUACUUGUGAAAUGACUUAUAUGUUUGAAUAUCCUCAAUAUGUGAGGGUAGCCUUAGACGAUAAUAUAGAAAACAACUAUCCACGAUAUGGAUUGUAUGCAUAUGGAGAAGGUUUUGUUACAGAAAAACUUAGAAGAAUGCAUUUUACAGGAAUACCUGUCCUUUUUAUUCCUGGAAAUGCAGGCUCUCAUGAACAAGUAAGGUCUAUUGCUUCUGUCAGUUUGAGAAAAGCUCUGAAAGAUCGAACACCUUUUCAUUUUGAUUUCUUUACCAUAUCGUUGGGUAAAGAUUAUUCUGGUUUGUAUGGCGGUGUAUUAAUGGAAGAAACUAUGUAUGUUCAUCAUUGCAUAAACAAAAUUUUAAGUUUGUACAAAGGAAACAUGGAUAAUGUUGUACUUAUUGGUCACUCAAUGGGAGGAAUUAUAGCCAAAGGAGCUAUUUUAUUAGUACCUAAUGCAAAUGUUAGUACUGUCAGUAUUAUAAUCAAUUUGGCAGUCCCUUCAACACCAUCGAUAGUGUUCGAUAAUACUUUCGCCAAUUAUUAUUACGCUUUAGAGAAAAAAGCAAAUGUUAUUAAAGAUGCUGGUAUAACGGUAGUAUCGAUUGCCGGUGGCCCAAGAGAUAUAAUCGUACCAGCAAAUCAAGUUAUAGAUUCUACAGCUGAUAUAAAUAUUUUAUCUACAAGUAUACCAGAUGUUUGGAAAUCUACUGAUCAUCAAUGUAUUCUUUGGUGCAAACAAUUAGUACUCUCUAUUGUUAGAUCUUUAUUUGAUAGCGUUAAUUAUACACAAAGACCACCUAGAAUUUAUAAUGAACCUGCUCGUAAAUUAGAAGCUUUAUCUUAUCACUUUUUACAUCGAAGUUCAGGAAAAAGAUUAUACCAUUAUAAAGAAAAAUUUAAUUUUCAUAACAAAGGUGAAUGGAUAGAAAAUAUCCAGAGACAAUACACAUGGGAGAAUAAAGUUGACAAUUCUAAAAAAGUUCCUACGUAUUUAAUGAUUAGACUUAUAGAUCCGCGUGAUCAUUUGACAAUUGAAACAAUAAACUUGGAAACGAAAGAUUGGCUCUUUGUUUGUUCUGCUUCAAGUUUGCAAGGCUACUCUAGAGUGUGCGAUUGGGGCUGGAAUCUUACAAAUAGAACAAGAAUGGCUCCUGAUUAUUUAUAUAGACUCAGACGUGUUGUUGAUUUAGAUACUCAAGAAAUUAAAUAUCCAGGUGUGACACAUAUUGUUAUUAGAAUACCUUCAGAAGAUUUAAAUAACAAUGUUAUAAUUACCGUUGAUGCAUAUUCUCAUGAAAAGAGAAUUUUACCUAUUAAGAAGAGGAGUUGGACAAUUAAAAAUCUUGUUAGCUCUGAUUCAUCUGGUCUGAUAGAUUUUACACCUGGACAAACAAGAUAUUAUUUAACUUUAAAUAAAAUAAAUGUAGUAGAUGUAGAACUUAAAAAUAUUGAAUGUAAAGAUAUUAAAGGACCAGUUCACACCAGUAUUGAAUUAUUGGAAUCAUGGAAUUUUGGUAUUAGCCAAACUAUAUUUUUCAGUGAAAUUGAUGAUGGACCUAAAACUUUAAAAGUACAGACACGUUCUAACUAUGAUACUAAUGUUUCUGCAAUCUUAAGAAUGACUUUAGAACCAAAGUGUUCAUAUAAAUUUAAUAUUAAGGAAGGUGCCAUAAUAGAUCAAAUUUCUUGUUUAAUACGAGAUCGCUGGUCUAGUCUUUACAUAAUUAUCAUAAGUUUACUCUUAGUGAUAAUAUCAUUGCGAUUAGACAACGAAAAAAGUAUAUAUCCGCCAUUAACUGUUACAAUUGCUUUAUGCAUCUACUUUGGUAUUGUUUUCGAAAGUUUUGUGGCUUUAGCCAUAAUUUGUAUAUUUGCUAUUGGUACAUGCUGUUCUGUUAUUUUCCUCGGUUCAUUAGCACAUGGCAUAGCUGUAAGGUUUUUAGCACGAGCAAUAGCUUUUUCGAUGACGUGGGCUGAUUGGUUACUCGGUGGAUUAAAUCAAUUGCCACUCUUUACAACAAUUUGUGUCAUAUCUUUAGUUCCAGCAACGUGUGGAGCAUUAGCUAUGGUUAUCUCAGUAUUUUUGCACUUUUUAAAAUUGACAAGAAUGUAUGAAGAUUAUUUAGAAGAACUAUUAAUGUCUUGUUUACGACAUUUUAAAUUUGGUAGAUUUUUUAAGAGUAGAGCAAGAACAGAAACAAGUGAAAAUAGUCAGCAAAAAAUAAUAGAUUAUUUAAUUCUUUUUAUUUUAUGGAGUUUCACCGCUGUAGCUGCUAUACCAUCUGUUCUUGUAUGGGCGAAAAAUUUCAGUUAUAGUACGCAAUUAUUGACAGAAGAUUUCAUACUGCUCACUAGCUGGAAAGUUUUAACUAUAUGUAUUAUUCUUGAACUCGUACAAAUAUCUUUCAAAUCUUCCAAUUCAUGGAUAUUAAGCAAUAUGUUGUGUUUUCUAAGUUGGAUUAUGCUUUCUACGACAGCGACUGCUCGUCCAUCCUUUUUUCAAUGUUUUAUACCACCCUCCGUGGCAUUAAUUGCAGUUAUUCUUUCUCUUUAUCGUAAUAUUACUAACAGAUUAUACUCAUAAUAUAAUUAAAUAAUUAAAUAAACUAUUUACGCAAAUUUUAUCAAAGGAAACAAAAUAAACUGUAUUGUAUCAUAAAAUACAUGACUUAUUAUUUGUGAAAAAAAUAAAGAUAUACAUAUUCAAUAAUCAAACUUAUGUUAUCUAUGGGUGCAUAUAAUAGUUAACAGGUUGAUUCUAAUGUACAAAGAUUUUAAAACUAAGUGGGGCAUAUACAUAAUAAAUAAUUCUACUAAUAAUAUAAAGAUUGUCAAAGAAAUUAUGUAAGUAUUUUUCAUCGACUUCUUAUCAAAGUGUGUAUACAAUUUACAAACAAUAAAAAGUCAGUUUAAUUUAAAAUUAAAUUAUUUAAAAAUGUGUAUUGGAUGUUCUUCUAUUAAUUCAUCUGACAGAAAUGACAGAAUAUGUAUGUAUACUCGAAUAAAACUUAUCCCCCAAAAUAUAAUAAAUAUGA